AUGCCCACCCCUUUGAUUUCUCUCACACGUAUUUCUCAGAUCCCUUCCACGUUCUCUUCAAUGUGUCUAACCUUCGGUGACCCUCCUUCGCCUGUCGCCACUGUAAUCUGGAUUUGUAUCAAUGCCCUUCAUGUCCGACGAGCCUCACAUAUAUCUCAGAUCCUUCCCUCUAACCUCCACAAUACUCUUCUUGUGAUUUUUGAUGUCAUGUUCAAAAACCCCAAUCGUUUCAGGGGGUUUUUUAUUGUAGGUGGUGCAUGUGUUCUUCCGGUAAACCGUGUCUUCUCCGGCAACUUUCUGGUUGUAUUCGCCGGCGAUGACGGUGCCUCGUUGAGAUUUUUUUAA